ACCGAUGAACAGAGAUUUACGAGGUUUUUUGUCAGUGAGGCUUCAUAAAGCAGUGAGCCUUGACCAUUUCAUGCAGCUGGAUCUCUCAACAAAGAUUCAUUGUUGGCUGCCUGUGGCUGAAGUCUAACAUCCAAUGGAAACAAGACCUUUGAUAGAGUGGAACACUGGUCUCUUCGACUGCUUUGAGGAUGCAAGUUCUUGUUGCUAUGGUUUCUGGUGCGGCCCUUGUCUUGCCUGCACGGUGUCAGAAAGAUUUGGAGAGAACCGUUGUCUCCCGUUGUGUGACAUAUGCUGUUGGAAUUAUCCAUGCCUGCCUUCUCCUGCAGUCCUCUCUCUAAGGGCUGCCAUGCGAAACAGAUACGGCAUCAAGGGUUCUCUGUGUAAGGACAUCAUAGCUACCUGCUGCUGUGAGUGGUGCGCCUGGUGUCAGAUGCAUCGAGAGUUAAAACAUCGCAGACAAACUCCCACUGUCAUCAAUAUGCAGAAUCAAACCAUUGUACAAAUGCAGCCUCCUGCAGUCAUGAUGGCUCCUCCAUACCAACCCCAAGGUGGUUAUGUGUACCAAGGAGUCCCAGCCCAAGACUGUGGGGUGACUCAAUCAGAAGUCCACGUGCAGCUAUAAUGAGCUCUGUGGCUUCUCAUUGGUCUGUUGUAUCUUAUGAGGAAAGUAUGAUUGAGCUCAGAUCUUACUGCUGUCAGGUGAAUGUUAAUCAUUCAAAGCCAAAUAUGUUUUAACUUUGAAUUGUGUCCCCCUGGCAUCAGAGUGUGCUGAACAAGUUUCAGUUUCUUAAUAAUUAUGACAAUAAUUGUUCCAGUUCUUGGUGAAGUCCCUUAAAUUUGGUUCUCAGUUAUUUGCAGCUAACAAGAACACCCAGUCAAGGAUAAAUGAGACACAUGUAGUUCUUUUACAUCUCUAUUUCUCCACAAGUAAUCUUGGGAGUGUGGUCUACAGUUUAAAAAAUAUUUAAUAAUUGUUCCUACUCAGCAACAUCCUGCUGCAGUUUAUCCAAAAGCCCAACAGAGGGCCCUCUGUAACCACAAAUGGCUGCCAAAAAAUGUAAUUAGCAAAUGAGGAUAUCAGUCAACUGCAAUCCUUGUCUUUGGAAACAUAAAACGCUUUGACAUGUUACACCAAUACAGAACUACUACUGAACAAGAUUUCUGUGCUAAAAUGGUCAAGUUAGAGAAGAUAUAUUCAUACAUACAUAUUCUGAAUGACAGAUAUGUGGUCUUAAAGGGAUAGUUCAGAAUUUUUUAAGUUUUGUAUGAGGUAUGUAUUUUAGCUGCCUAAAAAAGUCCCACUUAAAAACAUAAGCAUGAAUCAGUUUAAGUGUACGCUAUGUAAGAAUAGAAUAUUUUCACUGCUUUGCCCUACUGUCAGAAUGCAAUAUAAUAAGGGAAACUGAAGCCCUUACAUCACUCACUUCAAAGCAAGACUCCAUUGAGAAAAACAGAAGGCUAAUUUAACAUAGCUAAGAGGAGCUGCUGGUCUACCACUGCCUCAGUCAGUUAUUUUGUUUGGGUUAUUGUGUGACUUUGGUGUUUUAAAGGGUUAGUUCUGAUUUCACCAAAGUCACACGACAACACAAAUGAACUAGCUGAUUGAGGCAGUGGUAGACCAGCAGCUCCUGUGUUCAUCGAGCUAAAAUGACUGAUUUUGUCAUUGGAGUCUGGUGGCUUUGACAAGAGCGUAAGUGGGAAUUUGAAGCUGUGGAUGGCUUUCCAAUAUAGCGUACACUUCUCCAAAGUGGGGGUGUGCCGACAGACAUCUCCCGAAUGUAAUACAGUGACUAUGAAUAAGUGUGUCAUACAGCGCCACUUCAAAAAUUCUGAACUAUCCCUUUAAUCAGCACAGCCAGCAGCUUUUUCAUGUACAUUUACAGAAAUUUACAGUACAAUCAAUACAUUAUAUACUUACAGUUUCUAAAAGUUUCUCUAAGGUGAUGAGCUGUAGUUGGCUCAGAUAAAAACACAAUGAGCCAGUAUCAGAACACGAUGCUGGAAAAACUGAUUCAGUUCUGCAAGGGACCUGUCCAUAGCUUUGUUAGGGCAUUUUCAACCACUGUAGUUUAAUUACAGUGAUGCUUGAUUAUACAUUUCCAGAUAUAGAAUUACUUUAUCAAGACUUGAUUUUGACUUUGAGUAUCGGGUUAAACGAUUUUAGUUUUGGUCUCAAGUUUCCCUGUAAAAAAGAAGGAAAGAGAGAAAUCCUAAUUUUUGUAUUCCUAUCCUGCACAUUGCUAACUUUUUCUGUGGAAUUGCAAAAACGUCGCGUAAUUUGCUAGUUUCAGUCUGAUAAAUGUCACUCAUUCAUGAGGAUGUGCUUGUUUGUGAAAUUACACUUUUUUCCGUAUUUGACACCCCUAAAAGUACCAUUUAAAGCUACCUGUCACUGCUGCAGUCUGUUUGUGGGCAAGUUUCAUUCACAAAAAUGUUCUGCAGAGAUUUGUGUGCUCACUUCAUUUGGGUGUUGAAGAAGUCCACCCACCUUUAACCUGUGGCCUUAGUUACUGUAUAUUUUAUAUUGUCAUAAGUGAUAUUUUCUGACCUACUGUUCCAAAUUGUUUUAACUUUUUCACUUGUGCACUGAAAUAAGAAAAAUGACAAUUAAAGUCCUAUUCUUUA